AUGUCAGGAAACCCCGGAAACGCAUUGAGAGCACUUUCUCCAACUCCACCUGAACGUGGAUCCUUCCCGCUCGAUCACGAUGGAGAUUGCACAAAACAAAUGCAAGAGUAUAUCAAGUGCAUCAAGCUAGUGAAGGGAGAAAACGCGCCCAACUGCAGAUUGCUCGCUAAGGAGUACCUGAAAUGUCGAAUGGACCAUCAGCUCAUGGAUAAGGAUGAGUGGAAGAACCUGGGAUUACCAGAAGACGAUCCUAAAAACUAG